GAUGAGAGAGGGCGUGAAUGUGAGCGCGGGAUGAUGAGCAGGAUGCUGGUUGCAGAAGAAAUGUUAUUUGCAAUGGGACUGCUGCAGCGCGCUGUGUUGCCAGCUGAUCAGCAAUUGGAUGCCACACCCAGAACAACAACCACAACAAAAACUUUAACUAAGGACUAUAUAUUUUGUGAGCAAAAUGUGGACAAUAUAAAUAUUGCCGACUGUAUUGAAUUGUCAGCUGAGAGUUUUGAGUUCAUAGAAACUGUAAACACCGAUGUGUCCUGUCUGGAAAUCGACAAUAUUGUGGAAAGCUUUGCUGAUAUAAGCGAUGAAAAUGAACAAAUUGUUGAUUCACUGAUUAUAUGUUGUGCGCCAGUGUCAACACCUGAAAGGACUAUGAGCAAAAAUCUAAACCUAACUGAAGCUAUAGGGGAGAGCGCGCCAGCGCCGAAACGCGAAGUGGUGUCAUAUCAACGUUACGGUCGUCAAAAUAGCAAACAAUUGCUACAAAAUAAAUUUAAAUGCCACUUGUGCGGCUUUGGUUGUGGCAUCAAGGAGACGCUUUUGGCACACUUCAGACGGGAGCAUCCUACAUAGUAGCGUGCAGGUGGCUGUUGCAACAAUUAGCAUUAAGUUUUCCAAAAUGUAAAUAUUUUGUUUUGUUUUUGUAAAGUCAGGUCAAUUAUUGUAUAGCAGGUGAUAUGCAUUUAUUGCCAUUUCAAUAAUUGCUACCGUAAGCUAACAGUAGACGGUACUACCUGCGUCUGUUGUUUUUAUCAUUUCCGCCCUCUACAAUUCAGUUUGUCAACUACAACUUCACUAUAACCUAAUGGGAAAUCCCCUCACGUUUGUGUUUUGUUAAUACAUCAAUGUUAUGAUCACCUAAUAGAUAAUGAGAAUUACUGGGCGCUUUCCAUCAAAUCUGUGACGUCAUUGAACAAUAUCGCUUGGAAAGAAAUACUGAAGAAACGCCAUAGCGCAG